UCAUUUGUCAGUUAACUGCUGAAACGUCGUGUUGUGAAGAGUGGUGCCCUGUGUACAAACGGUUAUACAUCAAGUUUAUUUAGGCUGUGUUGGGAAUUUUGCAGUCAUGGUUAAAGCAAAGAAAUGGAUUCUCGCUCAUCAUUUUGAUGGCAACCCAAAGGACAGCGACAUGAAGUUAGUGGAGGAGACGCUGCCCGAAUUAAAAGAUGGCGAUGUGUUACUGGAGGCCGUCUAUCUCACCGUGGAUCCCUAUAUGAGACCAUUCUCGGCCGUGGCGCUAAAGGAAGGUGACACUAUGAUGGGCACACAGGUGGCCUUGGUAAAAGAGAGCCGCAAUCCAAAAUUUCCCAAAGGUACCUACGUGGACGCUAACGUUGGUUGGCGUACGCACACAGUGACGUCAGACGAGUCGUUGUUACGGAAAUUCCCGCCAUUUGGCGAAUUACCCCUGUCAUACGCAGUCGGCGCUCUGGGGAUGCCAGGAAUGACGGCAUACUAUGGGCUGCUGGAGAUCUUGAAGCCUAAGAAAGGGGAGGUAAUCCUUGUGAACGGGGCAGCUGGCGCCGUCGGUUCUCUCGUCGGUCAAAUUGCUAAGUUAAAGGGCUGCAAAGUGAUUGCCUUCGCGGGGUCACCAGAAAAGUGCAAGUGGCUGAAGGAUGAUCUGAAGUUUGACCACGUGUUCAAUUACAAGCAGGUUAAGGAUCAAGAAAAGGCCAUCAGAGAAGCUUCCCCCGAUGGCCUCGACUGCUUCUUUGACAAUGUUGGCGGGGAGUCAUUCACUGCGGGACUCCGCUGUAUGAAGGACUUCGGCAGGAUAGCCGUGUGUGGAUGCAUCUCAUCCUACAACGACAAAGGAGAAGAGAAACAAGGCCCGUACCCUAACGCCCUGAUCAACAGACGUCAGUUGAGAGUGGAGGGUUUCCUUGGGUGGAGAUGGAUGGCCCAGUGGGACGAGGCCACCCUCGAAAUGAUUGACUGGAUACGACAGGGAAAGCUGGUCGUCAAAGAAAGCGUUACAGAAGGAUUUGACAACAUGAGGUCGGCAUUUUACGGUCUCUUCAAAGGAAACAACAUUGGCAAGGCUGUCAUCAAAGUCUAGCUCAAAAACAAACAUUCCACGUGCACAUUUCCUGAUCUGAAGUUAUAUUUGACGUAAACUUCUCUGAGCAUCUUGUCUUCUUGGGCCAAAGCGUGAUACAUGUAUAUGACUGAGUAGGGCGAAGAUGCAAAUACUGUAAAAACUGCCACUGUCUUAUUGUAACCCUAUGUGCGUCCCAUCACACCAUAUUUUAUUGUUUGAUGAAUGUUCUUAGUUUGCGAAGUGAGUACCUGUGUCCUCAAGUGUCUAUAACAGUGUUGUCUUUCAUGUAGGUCUGAUCUCGAUGAUUAAACCAAAUACGCGUGACGUUAUGGUCAGUUAUAAUCGUAGGGGAAUCCCCAUACAUGAGUGAGCCUCGUUUUGAGUCAUACAUAUACCCUGAAGCCGAUUUUUUUUGUCUUGGGGGAUUUUUGUGCUUACAGUCUUAUGUGUUUACAGUGUGAUGUGUUUACAGUGUGAUGUGUUUACAGUGUGAUGUGUUUACAGUCGUAUUUGUUUACAAUCUGAUGUGUUUACAGUCUGAUGUGUUUACAGAUAUGUUUUCGUCAUGCAUUUGUUUUAAUGUAUUGUGAGCUUCAAGGUUACCAGUACCUGGUCUGUGUUGAAGUAUGUUGUUGUUUUCAUAUGAUGUAGUCUGGAUGAUCAGCUGUUGAAUACCAACAAUGUUGCAGCUGACAUGUUCAAAUGAGUGUGCUUAUAAAGAUACAUAUAGGCCUACAACAGUGUAUAAGAAUAUAGGUGUACAGUUGUACUGUCCCUGAUAUUGGGAGUCUGAUGUAUGGAAGCUCGUUUGUUCCACAUGUAUAGUGGAAGAUUAAAUACGGCUUUGAGUCAUAUCGUGAAA